UUAUCUGGACUAUAAAGGUCGUUUUUUCUAAACUUUUAAUCAAAAAUGUAAAUCCCUCCAGUAUGCACUACAAAAAUUUGAAAGACAAAUACCCGGAUGUUUAUAUUCUCCAUGUUCUUUUCUCGACUUGUUGUGUGCCUGGAUGUUCUAAGAGAGGUGGUCAUUCGUGGCCUUCAAAUCUAGAAUUUUUUAGAAAGUGACUUCAUGUGUCCAGACGGGACCAGUAAAAACCUAAAAAAAGGAGUUAUUGUUUGUCAUGACCACUUCGUGCUUGACGUCUGUGUAUCAGAAACUAGUUAUGUGCAGCUGUGAGCCCCACCAGAAACUGAAAGGAGAGGAAACGCCUAUUCAGGAAGAGUAUGACAAAAAUGAGGGAAGAGUUGAGAUUAUGGAAGUGAAGGCUGGCAGUCCUCUCCACUCGAGAAGAACUUUUUACCAAGUAUUUUGUCAUCUUGUGAAUAAAUCUAACUUUCUAAAGUAUCCUUGUGCAUUGGAACUCAGUAAUUGUGAUCAGGCUCCUUUUCUUGGAAGUUAUGAAGCUUAUGAAAGAGAAGCGCUUGUUAGGGAUCCAAAAUCCAUUUGGUAUAUAGAGAAUGAGUGGAGUCCUGAUGUAAAGUCACUCGCUGAACAAGCUGUUGUCCAGAAGCUUUCUCUGAAAGACAUAGAACAGACAUUUGAAACAUUAAUAUUAAGAGGAAAGAAUAUAACUGAGGUUGAUCGGUCUGUUUUGAAACUCAAAAGAUUGCGAUGCUUGAUUUUGAGUGUGAACAAUAUCACUGAAGUAUUUGGAUCUCACCUUCCGAAAUGUUUAGAAAUAUUAGAAUUAUAUGGAAAUCAGAUUGAAGAUAUUUCCAAGUUGUGUCAGAAUUCUCCACCAGGGCUCCUCUAUGUGGGACUCGGGCAGAACAGGCUUCACACACUUCCAUCCACCAACUUCCCUGUCCUCUGCACACUGGAUCUCACAGAUAACUUUUUAAGUAACCUAAUUGAAGUAGUGGCCCAACUGAAAAGUCUCGGUUCUUUACGUUCACUUGCCUUUGUUUGGAAAUCCCAUGACCCUUGCUUGGGGUUAUCGAGGAUAUGUAAUAACACAGCUUACCCAGUUAUGGUAUCUUGAUGAUACUCUUGUAACAACAGCUGAGAAAUGGGUAGCUUUAGAGAAAAUUGGGUCAGUGAGCUUGUCAGAAGUAACAAAGGGCUGGGUGACACUUGAGAUACAUCGAGUGCUUGGAAUACCAAAAGUCAGUCCUAAAAACGAUGAGAAAAUCUCCACCAGUUACUAUAUCCAGUACUUUCCCGGGCUCAGCCAAGUAGAAGGAAGAUGGCUGUUGGAUUGAGGACUCAUCCGUGACUUCAGUGUUAGCUACUUUCCUUGUACCACUGUCCACAUUGUCCAAGACUUGUGAUGUUAGUCCCGUGGUGCACGUAAUCUGGGAGGAAAAUUUAAAACAGCAGCAAGCAAGAAUAGUUCGGGAAGAUCUCAGAAGUUACAGUAGCGUGAAAACCACAAAAAAAGUUUUCAUCAGUAGAAGCUUUCUCCAUAAGAAAGGUUUAACUGUAGGUGACUUUCUCUUCAAUAUGGGCAGGGUGGCAGCUUUGGUGAGAAGAUAUUGUGGUAAACAAGAAAGUGUAAAAUUAUCCAAGAAGAAAGCACCUGGAGGUGCAGAAGACCAAAAUAUAACGUGUCAUCUUACAGUCACUCGUCAUGUUAUUUAGAAUAUAAACUAUUAAUUUAUUUUUAAAAUUGACUAAACAUGUUUAUGGUAAUAAUUAGUGAUUAAGAAAUCUAUAUUUGUUUGAAAAAUUAACUCCAUUCUCAGCUGUAAAUAUUGUACUCCUUUUGUACGCGUGUGUCACCGUAAUCUCCUUCUCACACAUAGUUUUUACAUUUUAUUUUUCCAUUACCAAUACUAAGUGAUUUAAAAGAUUCGAGCAUGUUCUCUGGUAUAUAACAAAAAAUAUUGUUCACGUGUAUAGAGUUAAAAAAUAUUUAAAACAUUUUGACCAUAAUAUCUGUGAUUACACUAAUCAGUUCAAUUACUGUAUCAUUGUUAAAGAAAACUGUGUAAAUUCACUUAGGUCAACUAAAAUAGCUUAAGUAUCACUUUGUGUUUUGUAGUAGUGAUAUUAAUGUUUACAAUAUCGGUAAUAAAGUACCUCAAUAAUGGUAAAAGUAGUAAACUUAUCACUGUAUUAGGUGAAUAAUUAUCAGAUUCUGUUUGUUCUGGGCAGUACUAUUUGUUAACAACCAACGGCAUCAUAAGGCCUUAUUUGGGGGUGGGUUGUUGAGGAAACUACACAUAGGAUAAAAAUUCUCUUUUAUACCUACUUGGUUCGUCUUACAAACAUAUUUAUGACCUAAGACUAAACAGCAAAUUAUUGCAUAUUAAUACUUAACAUAUCAAAAUAAGUUGUUGUUUUUUACCGUAAAGCCCUGCAAGUCCCUGUAUGCCAUUCAUUUUAAAAGAU